CUUAGUCUUUCCACUCUUCUUUCUCCACAAGCGCUCGCCGCCAUCAUCGCAAGCUACGAGCUCAGUCGCGGGUCGAGUCCAGGUCAAAGGUGAAGGCAUGAAUGCAUACAAGGCUUACAAAGCCUGUGUCCCAAUUGCAUGGAGCCCCAACCUAUAUAUAACUUUGGUGCGGGGCAUUCCAGGGACCAGGAGACUUCACAGGCGCACUUUAGAGGCAUUGCGUCUGCGCAAGUGCAACCGAACUGUCAUGCGAUGGAAUACUCCUACUGUCAGGGGAAUGAUCCAACAGGUUAAGAGAUUAGUUGUAGUUGAGACAGAGGAGAUGUUCAAGGCUCGCAAACAAAAGGAGGCAAACCACUGUGCUAUACGGCCCCCAUUGGUCAUAAAUCAUCUACCUGCUGCUGCUGCAAAUGAUUCUUCUUAAAGGCCUAUCAACUUGUUCAGAGGUCAGCUCCAAGCUUCUUAUAUGUGGGUUUAUUGUUUAAGGAAAAACAAUUUUUCCAAAAGUGUAUUUUCUAGUCUACAUAAUGUCUCAAUGGACCCAGUUGCUUAUUUGUUUCAAGCUUUUGGUUGAGCUGAAGUUUUAUUAUGGUUCUACCCUUUUUGUUUGUAUCCGCAAUGCAGUGAAAUGGUUUCUUUUGUUGAA